AUGGCUUCGAACACGGUAUCUUUGGCAGCAGAUGCUUAUUUAGAUGACUCAGCUUCUUUCAAACAAUUUCAUCUGGACUCCAGACUGCUACAGGCAAUUGAGAAAAGUGGAUUCCAUCAUCCAACACUAAUCCAAUCACAUGCUAUACCUCUGGCUCUACAGGAAAAGAGGGAUAUUAUUGCCAAAGCCGCAACAGGCUCUGGGAAAACUCUAGCAUAUUUAAUACCUGUCAUUCAAACCAUUUUAGAUUAUAAAAAGACACAGCAAGAUACAGAAGGAGAAGAAGAAGGAGAAGAGGGAAGUACUUUGGGUAUUAUAAUGGUUCCAACAAGAGAGCUUGCUACCCAGGUUUCUAACGUAUUGGGGCAGAUGACCUUAUACUGUUCCAAUGAAAUAAGGAGUUUAAAUGUGUCUUCUCAAAUUUCGAACUCUGUAUUGAAUACUCUACUUUCAGAGUCACCAGAGAUCAUUGUUGCAACGCCUGGUAAAUUAGUCAACCUUUUAGAAGAUAAUAUCAAAUCAAUCUCUUUGAAAAACCUGAAGUUUUUAGUGAUUGAUGAAGUAGAUUUGGUUCUAACAUUUGGUUAUCAAGAUGAUCUGACUAAGAUCGCACAAUUUUUACCACUUAAGAAAAAUUUACAGACAUUUUUGAUGAGUGCUACACUGAAUGAUGAUAUUCAAGAUUUAAAGAAGCAGUUUUGUAGAUCUCCAGCGAUUCUUAAAUUCAAUGACGAUGAGAUCACGAAGGACCAAACGAAGCUGCUACAGUAUUACGUUAGAGUAUCUGAAUUCGAUAAAUUCCUGUUAUGCUAUGUGAUUUUCAAGCUAGGUCUUAUCAAGGGUAAAACUUUGAUUUUUGUUAAUGACAUUGAUAGAGGUUAUAGACUAAAACUAGUCUUAGAACAAUUUGGUAUCAGAUCGUGCAUCUUGAACAGUGAGCUACCAAUGAAUUCAAGACAGCACAUAGUUGAUCAAUUCAAUAAAAAUCUUUACCAUUUAUUGAUUGCUACUGAUGACACAGAUUAUAUUAAAGAAGAGGAUGAAACGUUAGAUGAGCCACUUGAAGCUGUUAAGGAAGGCGAACAAGAAGAGGGCAACAAGAUUAGCAAAAAUAACAGCCACUCAAACAAGAAGCAAAAGAAAUCUCAAGCGAAAAAAGAUAAGGAAUAUGGUGUGUCUCGUGGUGUCGAUUUCAAAAAUGUUGCUUGUGUUCUUAACUUCGAUUUGCCAACGACCGCUAAAUCAUAUGUGCAUAGAAUCGGCAGAACAGCCCGUGCUGGUAAAUCAGGUACAGCCAUUUCUUUCGUAGUUCCUUUAAAAGAGUUCGGGAAGCAUAAGCCCUCGAUGUGUUCGACUGCAAAGAGAGAUGAGAAAAUCAUUUCUCGUAUCAUCAAACAACAAAGUAAAUUGGGUUUGGAAAUGAAGCCAUACACUUUUAACAAAACACAAGUCGAAGGUUUCCGCUAUAGAAUGGAAGAUGGAUUUCGUGCCGUGACGCAGGUUGCUGUCAGAGAAGCAAGAAUCAAAGAAUUGAAAGAGGAGCUUUUGGCAAGCGAAAAGCUUAAAAGGCAUUUUGAAGAGAAUCCUCAAGAGUUACAAAGUCUGAGACAUGAUAAAGAGCUGCAUCCAGCUAGAGUUCAGCAACAUUUGAAAAGAGUCCCUGAAUACCUUUUACCUGAAUCGGUAAGGCAAGGAAAGGAUAAAAAUAUCGGGUUCGUACCAUUCCACAAUCCUAAAAAAUUCAGCAAGAAGAGAGGCAAGGUGCAUAAACGUAGUAAAGGUGCAAAAUCAGAUCCUUUAGAAAAUUUUAAAUAG